AAUUUAAUGAUCUGGCUUUAGCACAUAGGUAUGGAACCAUGCGUGACAAUGUCAUCAAUCUCAAGGUAGUUCUUGCCAAUGGAGAUAUUGUAAAGACAGCUUCUCGUGCUAGAAAGAGUGCUGCGGGGUAUGAUUUGACUCGCUUGAUGAUUGGAAGUGAGGGAACACUAGGUGUGAUAACAGAAGUGACCCUACGGCUUCAGAAGCUCCCAGAGCAUUCAGUGGUAGCAAUGUGUAACUUUCCAUCAAUUAAGGAUGCAGCAGAUGUUGCUAUUGCAACCAUGUUGUCUGGUAUACAGGUCUCAAGGGUAGAAUUAUUGGAUGGCAUACAAGUAAGGGCUGUCAAUAUUGCUAAUGGGAAGAAUUUACCUGAAGUUCCCACUUUGAUGUUUGAAUUUGUUGGCACCGAGGCAUAUGCACGUGAGCAAGCACAAAUUGUUCAAAAGAUUGCGUCUGAGCACAAUGGCUCAGAUUUUGUUUUUGCAGAAGAUCCUGCAGCCAAAAAGGAACUUUGGAGGAUAAGGAAAGAGGCACUCUGGGCAUGCUAUGCAAUGAAACCAGGUUUUGAGGCAAUGAUUACGGAUGUUUGUGUUCCUUUGUCAAACCUUGCAGAUUUAAUCGCGAAGUCCAGGGCAGAGAUGGACACAUCACCAGUUGUUUGCGCAAUUAUUGCUCAUGCUGGUGAUGGGAACUUUCACACAUGUAUUCUGUUUGAUCCUAGCAAAGAAGAAGAGCGGCAAGAAGCUGAAAGGCUUAACCACUUUAUGGUCUACACAGCUUUGGCAAUGGAAGGAACAUGUUCUGGUGAACAUGGUGUUGGGACAGGGAAAAUGAAGGUAUUUCACUCUUACUUUUCUAUGCUCUUCUAUUUAGAGUACGGUUUUGCUAAUGCUUUGUCAAACAAAUUAUCAGGGCAAAGGCUUUUUUAGUACAACAGUUAUAAAACUUUCAUUCAUGUGCAUAUCACUGCUGGCUAAGGCCAUCUGGAGGCUCCAGAAGGAGUUUCUUUUGACAAAAUAUCACAGGACAUUCAGAAAUUACUCUGCGUUGACUGCAUUAUGUAGUUCAGAUGCUCCAUGCUGUUAUCUUACACCUGAAAGUUAAUCCCCACAUUUUAAGUGUCACCCUGCUGAAAGACAAACAAUUACAGGCAUCGGUUUCAAACUUCAUGCUUAACUAACUUCUUUUCAGCAUUCUGACAUUCAGCCCUCCUGUUUCAGUUCUAAAAACCAUCUUUCUUGUUUUAUGUUAAUGGAAUCAUCCUUACCAACCUGUUGGUAUUUCCUCUCUGUUCCCAGUAUCUUGAAAAGGAGCUUGGCAUAGAGGCAUUGCAGACAAUGAAAAGAAUCAAAGCAGCCUUAGAUCCUAACAAUAUCAUGAAUCCAGGGAAGCUUAUUCCUCCCCAUGUCUGUUUCUAAGUGCAAUCUCCCCUCAUUUCGGACUCUACUUGCAGAUUACAUGUUACUGCUAUUAUUCUUCACAUUUUUCUUGAUAUUCCCAAUAGGAGCUGGGAAUUGCUUGCUUGGUUUGCAAUCUUAUUUGUAACAUUUCAAUAAAAUGUAGGAUAUUUCAAGAACUGUGGAUGUGAAAAUGCCCUCUUUAUUUAUAGAAAUGACAAUGAGAUUAAUAAGAUUUCAGUCCUGAU